UAUAGAGUAAAGAAAACCCUAGUUAGUGUUGGGUUAAUGAAUAUCGAUGGACAAUUCUGGCCCAUAUAACCAUCUCUACGGUGGAUACCCUUAUGAUCCCUACUCACCGCCGCCUGUAUAUCCUCCUCCCCCUAAUCAGCACCCAUACCCACCUUCAAACCCUUCUCCUUAUCCUCUUUUCCAUAAUCAACCUCCUUAUCCACCACCUCCUGGUUAUACAUUACCACAUUUUAGUCCUGUAAGUUAUGGAUACCCAGUACAAAAUCCACCUCUUCCAAAUAAUGAUAAUAAUAAUGAUAGUUCUUCAUUACAUUCCAAUCAUUAUACCACUCCUUCUUCCCAUGUAUUGCACCAUCAAAGUGGCUUCCAUCGUCUUUCAUCAAAAUCCCGUCACAGUCCGUCUAAAUCAGAAAGCGACUCUAGUAACCUUAACUUGUCUAACUUUAGGCACAAUCAAGUAGAUAGCACAUCCACAACAAGUGAACGUGAUUGCGCAGAUGGUGAUCUUGUUCCCAUCUACCCGCCUGUUUAUCCACCAAUUGAUGAUUUAAAUGAUUUGCUUUUGCUUGAGAAUUCUCAACCUAGGCCAGAAUCAUCAUCACCUUUUCCACCAUCUGCUGCUGCGAAAGCUUCCAGUAGUGCAACUCUUCGUCAUAGUUUCGGCACAAAAUAUGAUAAAAAGUACGAUUCUCCAGAUCGCAUAGAUGGGGGUGGCAAUAGGCUAUCAUUGAGCAGUUGGGAGUCACCUAACUCAGGUCCAAUUUCUAUUCCAUCUGUUCAUCCUGUCCUAAGCCAUUCAAUGUCGUUUCCUCAUUCCUCAAUAUAUCGACAAAAUUUGAAGAUGGUGUCAGUUGGUCAGAAUUCUUCAGGAGCCUUACUCCUACAUGGAAACCUAGACAUUUGGGUGUUUGGAGCAAGAAAUCUUCCAAAUAUGGACAUGUUUCACAAAACAAUUGGAGAUGUAUUUCAGAAACUGCCAGGGAAUGUGAGCAACAGAAUUGAAGGGACAAUGUCUCACAAAAUCACCAGUGAUCCCUACGUAUCGAUUACAAUAGCAGGUGCAGUAAUUGGCAGGACGUUUGUGAUCAGCAACUGCGAAAAUCCUCUUUGGCAACAACACUUCUGUGUUCCUGUAGCCCAUAACGCUUCUGUCGUGCAGUUUUUUGUCAAAGACAGUGAUGUUGUCGGGUCCCAACUUAUAGGAGUUGUGUCUAUUUCGGUGGAGAAGAUAGUUUCUGGAGCAAAGAUUCACGGAUUCUAUCCAAUCCUCAACACUAAUAAAAAGCUUUGCAAAGCCGGAGCUUCUUUAAACCUCUCAAUGAAAUAUACGCCGUCGAAUCAAGUAAAGAUGUACCAUCUUGGAGUUGGUCCUGGUCCUGAUUAUCCUGGAGUUCCUGACACAUAUUUCCCUCUGAGAAAAGGUGGGAAGCUUACACUUUAUCAAGAUGCUCAUGUCCCCAACGGUUGUCUACCAAUAGUGAAUCUUGAUAAUGGAACGGAUUAUGUACAUGGGAAGUGCUGGUAUGAUAUCUUCUCAGCUAUAAGCCAGGCAAGAAGAUUGAUUUAUAUUACUGGCUGGUCAGUUUGGCACAAAGUUAGGCUGAUUCGAGAUGGAGGUACUGCAUCAAGGUAUAGUUUAGGUGAUCUACUCAGGAUGAGAUCUCAAGAAGGUGUUCGAGUACUCCUUCUCAUAUGGGACGAUCCCACUUCAAGAAGCAUACUUGGCUACAAAACAGAUGGGGUGAUGCAAACACAUGAUGAAGAAACCCGCCGUUUUUUCAAGCACUCCUCCGUGCAAGUUAUUCUUUGUCCACGCAUGGCUGGAAAGAGGCACAGCUGGGUCAAGCAGAAGGAAGUUGGAACAAUUUAUACCCACCACCAAAAAACAGUUGUUGUGGAUGCUGAUGCUGGUAACAAUACAAGAAGAAUUGUGGCUUUCAUUGGGGGUCUUGAUCUAUGUGAUGGCCGAUAUGAUACUCCCCGCCAUCCUAUAUUUAGUACUCUCCAGACUGUGCAUAGAGAUGACUAUCACAAUCCUACAUACACGGGGAGUGCUGUUGGCUGUCCUAGAGAACCGUGGCAUGAUUUGCACUGUAAGAUUGAUGGCCCUGCUGCCUAUGAUGUUUUGACUAACUUUGAGCAACGAUGGUUAAAUGCUUCAACAGCUCAUGGAAUUAAAAAACUGAAAAAAUCUGAUGAUGCUUUACUCAGAAUAGAUAGAUUGCCUGAUAUUAUGGGGCAAUCCGAUGCUCCAUGCUUAGGUGAGGAUGAUCCGGAGAGUUGGCAUGUUCAGAUAUUUCGUUCCAUUGAUUCGAACUCAGUCAAAGGCUUUCCAAAGGAUCCCAAGGAUGGCACUUCUCAGAACUUGGUAUGCGGGAAGAAUGUCUUAAUUGAUAUGAGCAUACAUGCAGCAUAUGUGAAGGCUAUUCGUUCUGCACAAAGAUUCAUCUAUAUUGAAAACCAAUAUUUCCUUGGAUCCUCAUACAACUGGACUUCCAACAAAGAAUUAGGUGCAAACAAUCUUAUUCCAAUGGAAAUUGCUCUUAAGAUUGCUGAGAAAAUUAGGGCAAAUCAAAGGUUUGCAACUUAUAUAAUUAUCCCUAUGUGGCCUGAAGGUAAUCCAACUGGCGCAGCCACACAAAGAAUUUUGUUUUGGCAGCAUAAAACCAUGCAAAUGAUGUAUGAGAUAAUAUACAAAGCUUUACUGGAGGUUGGCCUUGAGUCUGCUCAUCAUCCACUCGAUUAUCUCAACUUCUUCUGCCUCGGAAAUCGUGAAGCUGCGGACUUCAGUAACAUUCCAAUCAUUGAUCAUUCCAAUACAACAAGUUCUCCACAGGCACUCACUCAGAAGAACCGUCGGUUCAUGAUAUAUGUUCACUCUAAAGGUAUGAUAGUGGAUGACGAAUAUGUAAUUAUUGGGUCUGCAAAUAUCAAUCAGAGAUCCUUGGAGGGCACCAGAGACACUGAGAUUGCAAUGGGAGCCUAUCAACCUCAUCACACGUCUGCAAGAGAACCUCCUUCUCCGCUUGGACAGAUUUAUGGAUAUAGGAUGUCACUAAUGGCAGAGCAUCUUGGAAUGUUGGAGGAUUGUUUUAUGGAGCCGGAAAGUCUUAAGUGUGUCCACAGGGUUAGGCAACUAAGUGAAAUGAAUUGGAAGCAGUUUUCAGAUGAGAGAAUUACACAAAUGCAAGGACAUCUCAUGAAAUAUCCGGUUGAAGUGGACAGGUGUGGUAGGGUGAUGCCCCUUCCAGGACAUGAAAUUUUCCCAGAUGUUGGUGGCAAGAUCAUCGGCUCAUUUCUUGCCAUUCAGGAAAAUCUAACAAUAUGAUUCCUGUUUUUUUUCCCUAUGUGGGGCAAGAGAAUUUGCUUUUUCAGAUGUGGGUGGUUAUUGGACCUUUUUAUUUGCUUUGCUGAUGCAGAAUUGAUCAGAUCUCUUUUUGUUUUAAAAUUGAAGGCAGACAGUUUCAAUCCAUCCAUAGGAUUCACACACAUAGCUAGUGUUGUUGUAUUGUAUCUCUUCUUUUUUAUUAGAAUUGAAACAAUUAGAUAUGUCUAUUAAUCUUGUGAAAAUAUGAACUAUAAGAUGAUAUGAUAUAUAAUUAUCAUUGAUUCAUCAAACAUCUUCUCCAUUCAAUCCAAUUUCUUUCUUCUCUGUAAUGGGAAUGUGGUGGUGACUCAAUGUUUCUUUAA